UUAAAAAAAAAAAGGCAAGGAAAGGAAAGAAGCCAGCAAGAGACUGAAAAGAGCAAGAGAAAGUGGCAGCUGAGAAGGACUGUGAAAUCACCUCCCCUUUCUUGGACUGUCGAUCAUAGCGAGAGUUGUACAUUAUUAUUAUUAUUGUUUUUCUUUCUGCCUCUAUCUGUCCACAUACGCAGGCAGAGAAAGAGACAAGUACUGACAGUGAAACUCGACGAGACCAGCCAUGGUAGCAAGGGCUCAGCCUGAUCGGAAACAAUUACCGCUGGUCCUACUGAGAUUGCUUUGCCUUCUCCCUACAGGGCUGCCAGUCCGCAGCGUGGAUUUUACCCGAGGGACCGAUAACAUCACCGUGAGGCAAGGGGACACAGCCAUCCUCAGGUGUUAUGUAGAAGACAGAAGCUCCAAGGUGGCCUGGUUAAACCGUUCUGGCAUCAUUUUUGCUGGAGAGGACAAGUGGUCCCUGGACCCUCGAGUAGAGCUGGAGAAGAGAAACCCCCUGGAAUACAGCCUGCGGAUCCAGAAAGUGGAUGUCUAUGAUGAGGGGUCCUACACGUGUUCAGUGCAGACACAGCAUCAUCCCAAGACUUCCCAGGUUUACUUGAUUGUGCAAGUUCCACCAAAGAUCUCCAAUAUCUCCUCGGACAUCACCGUGAAUGAGGGCAGCAAUGUGACCCUGGUUUGCAUGGCAAAUGGGCGUCCUGAGCCUGUCAUCACCUGGAGGCACCUCACUCCCACAGGCAGAGAGUUUGAAGGUGAGGAGGAGUACCUGGAGAUCCUGGGGAUCACACGAGAGCAGUCGGGCAAGUACGAGUGCAAAGCUGCCAACGAAGUUGCCUCAGCAGAUGUCAAGCAAGUCCGGGUCACUGUGAACUACCCUCCCACCAUCACAGAGUCCAAGAGCAAUGAAGCGGCCACGGGACGACAAGCCUUACUGCGGUGCGAGGCAUCAGCAGUGCCCACGCCCGAUUUCGAGUGGUACAGAGAUGAUACCAGGAUAAACAGCGCCAAUGGUCUGGAGAUAAAGAGCACGGGGAGCCAGUCUCUGCUGAUGGUGGCCAAUGUCACUGAGGAGCACUACGGGAACUACACCUGUGUGGCUGCCAACAAGCUGGGAGUCACAAAUGCCAGCCUAUACCUUUACAAACGAGUUUUACCCACACUCCCCAAUCCUUUUCCAGGACCCGGCACAGGGAGAGUAGACAACGGCUCCAUGAGUUUGGCCGUCCCACUGUGGCUUCUGGCAGCAUCCCUGCUCUGCCUACUCAGCAAAUGUUAAUACAAAUCAGAAUUAAGAUAAUAAUAUUAAUAAUAAUUAAAAAAACAACACGACAACAACAACAACGACACACAAAACAAAAUGCGUUAUACAGGAGACAGAGCGAAGAGAGGGGAGAGAGAAAAAAGAGGGGGGGAGAGAGAGAGACGACUGUUUCUUUCACAACUUUUGUGUGUUCAGGAGCGAAGAGGGGGGAGAGGAAAAAUUACAGCAAAGAAGACUCAGCAACAUUUAAUCCAAAACCUGAAAAGCCGGCUGUCAAGUCAUCGACUGCCUAGGAGGCAACACGAAACAAGGGAGAGAAUGGGCACCAGCAAGGAUCGUGUCGCCAGAGGAUGCUGCAAUGUAAACAAUCCAACAAAACCUGCAAAGCCAAUCAAAAAGAAGAUCCCUUUUCUUUUCUCUCCUCCUUCCUCUUUUCCAUACUCCCUCACUUUCCUUCCUUCCUCCUCUUUCUUUCUUUUGCAGAAAGAGGUCUUUGCUUCGGUGUCUAUAGCCAUUUAACUUUUUGGAUGCCCUGGGUCAUUUUUGUGAGCUAAUGCUCAGCCAGUUCAUACUUUUAAAAACAAAUCUAAAAAAAAAAAAAAAAGAUAAAAGAAAAAAAAUAA